UUCUUCCAAAACCCCGCCUCAGACUCGCGCAAAACCCUAACCAAGUCUCAUCCCUGUUUCUUCUCACACCGCCUCUAGAACCGGACGGGAGAGCAGAGAAUGGGAAUUUUCGAACCCUUUCGAGCAAUCGGAUAUAUUACGAGCAGCGUUCCGUUCUCUGUUCAGAGAUUAGGCACCGAGACCUUUGUCACCGUCAGCAUCGGCAAAUCUUUUCAGAUAUAUAAUUGUGCCAGGCUCAAUUUGGUGCUCGUUGGUCCUCAAUUGCCAAAGAAGAUACGAGCUCUUGCUUCCUAUCGUGAUUACACAUUUGCUGCAUAUGGGAAUAAUAUUGCAGUUUUCAAGCGUGUCCAUCAGGUGGCAAUUUGGAGCAGUCAUUCAGCUAAGGUGAAACUAUUGCUUCUGUUUGGAGAGCAUGUCUUAAGUGUUGAUGUCGAAGGCAAUAUUUUCAUUUGGCCUUUUAAAGGAAUUGACCGAAAUCAUGCUCCAGUUGGACACAUUUUAUUGGAAGAUAAUUUCACUCCAACCUGUAUAAUGCAUCCAGAUACUUAUCUCAACAAGGUUAUUUUUGGGAGUCAAGAAGGUUCUUUGCAACUUUGGAACAUCAGCUCAAAGAAAAAGCUUUACGAGUUCAAGGGCUGGAAAUCAACAAUAUGCUGUUGUAUUUCAUCACCUGCACUAGAUGUUGUUGCUGUUGGCUGUGCUGAUGGAAAGAUUCAUGUUCAUAACAUUCGUUAUGAUGAAGAGAUUGUUACAUUUACACAUUCUACUAAAGGGGAUGUAACUGCCUUAUCUUUUAGCACUGAUGGACAACCACUUUUAGCUUCUGGAGGUUCAUCAGGUGUCGUAAGUAUAUGGAAUCUUGAGAAGAGGCGGCUUCACUCAGUCAUCAGAGAGGCUCAUGAUAGUUCAAUAAUUUCACUGCACUUUUUUGCUAACGAGCCUAUACUAAUGAGUGCAUCUGCGGACAACUCUGUAAAGAUGUGGAUUUUUGACACAAGUGAUGGUGAUCCUCGUUUGUUGCGCUUUAGAAGUGGUCAUAGUGCUCCUCCCCUUUGCAUAAGGUUCUAUGCUAAUGGGCGACACAUUCUAUCAGCUGGUCAAGAUCGUGCAUUUCGUCUUUUCUCUGUCAUCCAGGACCAGCAAAGCAGAGAGCUUUCUCAGCGUCAUGUAUCCAGAAGAGCAAAAAAACUCCGGGUGAAGGAGGAAGAGAUAAAAUUGAAGCCUGUAAUAGCAUUUGAUGUUGCUGAAAUAAGAGAGCGUGAUUGGUGCAAUGUGGUCACGUGCCAUGUGGAUACAACACAGGCAUAUGUAUGGAGGCUUCAGAAUUUUGUCCUUGGUGAGCACAUCCUGAAGCCAUCCCCAGAUAAUCCAAAGCCAGUUAAGGCCUGUGCAAUCAGUGCCUGUGGCAAUUUUGCCAUUUUAGGUACAGCUGGUGGUUGGAUUGAGAGAUUUAAUCUUCAAUCGGGAAUCAGCCGUGGCAGUUAUGUGGAUGUGUUAGAAAGAAAUAGUUGUGCCCAUGAAGGAGAGGUGGUUGGUGUUGCCUGUGAUUCAAUAAAUACCUACAUGAUAAGUGCAGGAUUUCAUGGGGAUAUAAAGGUGUGGGAUUUCAAGGGGCGUGAGCUAAAAUCCAGAUGGGAUAUUGGUUGUCCACUGGUGAAGAUUGUUUAUCAUCGUUCCAAUGGGCUUCUGGCAACAGUUGCAGAUGAUCUUGUCAUCCGUUUAUUUGAUGUUGUGGCACUAAGAAUGGUUCGCAAAUUUGAAGGUCAUUCCGACCGUAUUACAGAUUUGUGCUUCAGUGAGGAUGGGAAAUGGCUUCUUUCAUCCAGCAUGGAUGGGAGUCUUAGAAUUUGGGAUGUCAUCUUAGCAAGACAAAUAGAUGCGCUGCAUGUUGAUGUUUCUAUCACUGCUUUGUCUUUGUCGCCAAAUAUGGAUGUUUUGGCGACAACUCAUGUUGAUCAGAAUGGUGUUUAUCUGUGGGUUAACCAAGCAAUGUUUUCGGGAGCUGCUAAUGCCGAGUCCUAUGGUAGCGGCAAGGAAAUAGUGGGUGUUAAGUUGCCAUCUAUCUCAUCAAUAGAAGUUUCUGAAGAUAAAGGUUCUGAUAAUCCCACUGUUACCCAGUCGAUAGUUGCCCAUGAUUCAGAUGCCUUGUAUUCAAAGCAGCAAAUUCCUGAUCUUGUGACUCUGUCAUUAUUACCUAAAAGUCAGUGGCAAAGCUUGAUCAAUUUAGACAUUAUUAAGGCUCGCAAUAAGCCAAUUGAGCCUCCAAAGAAACCUGAAAAGGCACCUUUCUUCUUGCCUUCAAUUCCAUCUCUUUCUGGGGGAAUAUUGUUUAAAUCUACUGAAUCAGCUGAUGGUGAGAGGGAUACAAAAAUUGAACAACUUGAAAGACAAUCAAGACAAACUGAUACGGUUGCAUCCCCAUUUGUCGAAUUCCUUAAAUCCUCUGCAGAAAUGAAAAAUUUUUCGGCGUUCACUGAUUAUAUUAAAAGUUUGUCUGCAUCAACACUGGAUAUGGAACUUCGAAUGCUUCAGAUUAUUGAUGAUGAUGAUGAGCAAGAGCCUGAGAAAAGACCUGAGUUGUAUUUUAUUGAACUUCUUCUGGAUUAUUUCAUUCAUGAAGUCUCCUGCAGAAAUAACUUUGAGUUUGUACAAGCAAUCAUCAGAUUGUUUUUAAAGAUCCAUGGUGAAACAAUUCGGCGACAGCCGGAGUUACAAGACAAGGCACGGAAGCUUCUGGAAACUCAAAGUGCAGUAUGGCAAAGAGUAGAUAAGUUAUUCCAAAGUGCUCGGUGCAUGGUCACAUUUCUCAGUAACUCACAGUUCUAAGUAUCCCAAGAUACCCUCUUUCUCUGUUUUUUAUUUUUUCCUUUUAAGCCCAAUUUUGAUUGCUUAGUUCAAUUUAAGCAGUAUGUUGUUAAUUUCUCCAAUUUUGGAUUUGUAAAUUAGUCUGUGUAACAUUUAAAUCAGUCAAGCCUCCAGGUAGGUAGUGUUUGUAGUAGAUGAGAGUAAAAUGUUGAAUGAUCAACUACUUGUUCUUGGUGAGUCUCGAGAAUAGUUCCACAAGCAUGUUAGAAGCACCUGGGGAUAUUUACAAUUCUUAAUAUGUUUAUAUAUAUAUAUAUUUGUACAAUUCUUAAAA